AUGGUGCUCCGCCAUGCGGCACAGGUUCAUCCAACUACUACGAGUUUGGCGGUGGAAGACCCGAGGACUUAUACUCAAUUCGAAGACCUUACAGCCGGGUCGGAAAGUUCCCUGGAUCGGCAGGACAGGAUGCGAGGCUCAGGGGAGACGAAUGCAGACCACUGGCCCCCGGAUCGGGAUCGAGACACAUUCGAGAGGCCAUCUGCCGGCCAAAGAGAAGACAACCCCUCGAGAGUCGUUGAUGCUCAACGUCGAAUAUCUCAUAAUGGUGUGGUUGUGGAUAAGCUGCAAACUUCCGUUCGGCGAGACUCAUCUCACUUAUCAACCAAGCUGCAACAUACGGAGCGCUGGCUGAUAAUACCUCAGUUCUUGGACUAUUCCAACGCAGAGAGCUCAGCUCAGGACAUUGUGGAUAGAGUGAUGAUGUAUCACAACCCAAACUCAAACCAAUCCUCGGAGCAUGACCUCGUGCCCGACCUCGACGCCGACAUAUCUGGUUUCACCACAUUUCUACCAUUCGGAGUAGACUUUUUCCCUGUGACAUCAAAUCUGGACUGUUUCGUGACAGAGCCAGCCUUGAGGCCAGCACUAAAAUGGCGCAACGGAACCAGGAGGCAACCGUCUCCCUAUUCGCCACUCUCAUCCUCACCUCUAUCCUCGUGCUUGAACACCUGGUCCAACAACAUCAAUAUCGAAAUACUCGUGAACGCCUACCGCCAGUAUUUCGUUCCCAAUCUGCCACUUCUCCAUCUGCCAACUCUCGAUCUCACUUCAGCUAUGUCCGACGCCUUUCGCCAUCCCGUACUGGAAGAAUGGCCGCCACCUGCACUGCUGUCCGGUCGACGUCGCAUUCGACGGCCCUUAUUGCUGUCUAUUCUGGCGCUGGGCGCCGCUUUUUCCGGUCAAAUCACUCUGGCUCGCGAAAUAUACCGGCAAACCAGCGCAGCCAUUACGUCGGAAUUAAAGUCAGUCUGCAAGUCGUCGGUCGGAGCCGCACCCAUUCCACUAAUGCAAGCAUUGCUUCAGCAUCUCGUCUGCGGGACCUUUUUUGGGGAUCGAGUCUUGAACGAGACCACAAAGAACAGCUGUGUGUCCCUUCUUGCCCUGAUCAAAGAAGCUGGCAUUCACACCCUCCGAGACCCUCCCAAUGCCGACACUCGGGCCGGGGUUGAAGUGGGACAGCGCGGUAAAUGGCUAAUAUGGGUCCAUCAGGAAGAGCGAAAUCGUCUGUUCUUCUCCACAUUGUGGUUGAUGAGUGCCUUCAUGAUAUAUUUCAACGACAUCCCUCAUCCACCUCUGACGGGGGUUGAACUCUGUCUCCCAUGUAAGGAAGCGUUAUGGGAAGCCUCGGAUGCACACACAUGGUCCGAGGUUGAGUCUCACUUGUCUCCAACGCCCCUAUUAUUCGUCGAGCAAAUUAGGGGCCUUUUCGACCAAAACUCUCCAUUACAGCCCACAUAUACCGACGUGGACCUGGGAAAUGACACCAACUUCCACGAGCAGGCUCUUGAGAUACGACAGCAAAACACAGCCGCCAGCCAUGACAUCGGAGAAUUUGGAUGCUUGUCAUUGAUAUCUGUCUUGCAUAUCUGCGUUCUUGCCCAGACCCAAGGCCAAAAUCCGCUGUUUGCGGAAGUCGUCGUCCCCAGCGACCGAAGGUCUCUCAAAUCAGCUGUGAGACGGUGGCAGCGGUUGUGGCUGAGUUUCUCCAAACAGCCUUCCUUCGGAACCAGUUAUCGCUUGCUGAUGAGCUGUAUUCCCUUGCUUGACCACGUCAAUUUAUCCUUUCGACUCGAUGACCGCCCACUGAAGGAAGCAAUCUUCACCCAAGAUUUCAGUUCCGCGAAUCUUGUUUUUUUAAGGGAUCACCGCGACAGUCUUGACAGCACUGCGGAAAUGUCGGGGGAUCGGGUCCACAGCCUCCGAGAUGUAUCAGAGACAUUGCAGCGGGGUCGCUUCUCGUACGAGGCAACCUUGUAUGCCAGCAAUGCCUUGGAAACAACACUUCGACUCUCGCCUUGGUGGACAUCUCCUGAAGAAGCGUCUCACAUGCCGCUCCAUUCGGCUAUGAACGUCUUCGAUUGCUUGCAAGUUCUUGCUUCUUGGGUGUCAGGGAUGCAGCCACAGCAAGGACUAGAAGCAUACGACGCACGCCUCGACGGUGAGCUUUGCACAGAAGAAUUUUGGACCAUCAUCCAAACCUGUCGCCGACUGAUUCGGAAAUGUCGUAGCAACAUGGGCUUGGUUGGAUCCUGCGCCGCUGCUGAGGCACCGGUCAAGGGGUUUCGAGACGCCACCCACAUCGUCAUCGCGUUGCUGCAGACAUAUGCCCGGUUUUUGCUUGAGUACUCGUCACUGUGGCCAGGUUCGUCUCCACUACCCCUAUUUUCCCUUGUUCUAUCUCUCAUUUUUAAUUUUUCUAACAUCCGUAUUCUGUUGCUUCUAAGUCUUGAGCAAUUUGGUCGAAUGCUUGCAAUAUCGAGUGACAGUCAUGUGUCAGCAGAUUGA